AUGCGAAUUGUACGCACAGUCGGCCAAGCCUUCGAUGUAUGUCAUCGUCUGGCGUUGCAGCGUCGUGAGAAACCGUCGAACGAAGAGCCUUCAGAAGACACGCUUGAGGAGGCGCCGAACGGGGUUCGAAAGACCAAACCACCGGUCGUCUCGGAGGGGACAUUUUCGACGUCAACUUCGUCUUCGGUGGCCGGCGUACGACGGCGCCAGCAGACACAACAUCGAGACCCGUCCGAGGCAGCAACAACACCACCAACGGCAACGGCAGCACCAACAACAGCACCAGCAGCGGCGGCGGUCGUGCUCUCCGAGGUCAAUUGCAAGAACGAACAACUUCCGCCCAUGACGACCGAUGCCAAGGUUCGGCCAUUUGUCAAUCCCAAAGCGACACGAGAGGUCGAGUCUCGUUCGGGACAAUCUGCGAUGGACAAUCAGGCCUCGCGGCAACUCUUGACGCAACACGAGGGGCAAAAUAAGAUAACAAAACACCAUCACCACGGCCACCACCACCAUCAUCAUCAUCAUCAUCACCAACACCAACAGCAACACCGCUGCCAUCAUCAUUGUCGCCACAAAGUGUUUGUUCCCCAGGCGUCAGAGAAUGAGCAUCAAAAGUUGAGCAACCAACUGGACAAUCACAAUCCCAAUCACAACCACAACCAGAACCACAAGCACAAACACAAGCACAAGCACAAGCACAAGCACAAACGCAAACACAAGCACAAUCACAAACACAAACACAACCAUCACAACCGUCAUCGUCAUCGUCACCUUGAGCACCGUCAGCAUCGGCAUGGCCGGAGCAAUCGGGUCGGCAGAGGCAACAAAAGCAAAUGCAGCUCUGAGUCCCACAGAAUCACCAACCUACCAGAGGCCCAAAGCCUGAAAUCAAGCCAUUUUGACGGAAAUUUAGAGGUUGAAGGACCAAAAGAAGCAGUCUUCUCGAACCACAUAAAAAGCCAACAGCCCUCGGACAACGAAGUAGCCGAAGUUGCCAAGGCAACUGGCCUGGUCGUCUGCCCAGACAAGACAACCUCAUCGAGACCCUUUCGUCUGAGAGAUCCCCACUACUCGCGCCGCACCCACUCUGGCUCCAGCUCCGCUUUGUCCUUCUCUUCUGCAAACUCCUCCUCCUCCCCGCACUCCCACACGCCCUUGCCCUCCCCCUCCUCCUCUUCGCUCCCCUCCUUCUCCUCCUCUUCCUCCUCCUUCUCUUCCUCCUCCCUCUCCUCAUCCUCUAUCCCCUCCUCAUCUUUCUCUUCUUCCUCUUACUCCUCCUGCUCUUCUCCAUGCUCCUCUGCUUCGGGCAGUUCUACCCGAUCCGUCCGGUCCUCCGGUCCCUCAGACUCCUGCCGUCUGGCCUCGCUCCUCCUUCCGACCGAGGCUGAGCAGACAGCGACAAGGCGACGUGAUCGUCGUCAACGGCGACAGCAAGACCGUACUCAAGUCUCGGUCGAGAAAUCGGUCGGUCAGUUCGGUCGUCAGUCAAGUCGAGAAUUGAGCAAAAUCUGUGAAAUGGUGAAUCCUCGCAGUGUUGGGCAUUGCCAAUUGGGGACCAGUUUGUCGUGGCACGACGCUUUGGUCUGGCUGCAACGGCCAAGUUUGCAAUCGCAGAAAAAUCUCUCCGUUGGCGAGGUCUCGGUACAAUUUUCAGCUCGAGGACUGUCUCAAGCCUGCGGUCCUCAAUUCACCAAACCGAUUGGCAGCUCUUCCCAUCUCGAUGAAGUCCAAAAGAACAGCAGUGAUGGCCUGACGUCAAUGGUGGCCCAAACGGAAUUCUCAUUGCGUUCGGAGGAAGCCAAAUCGGCUCAAUCGCAAAUACAGCAACCACAAACGGAACUGACGACAAUGAAUUGGCUCUACAGUCGACGCCUGGGCAUCCCGCAGAGCAGAUCUGUAGAGGCUGAUUUCACCCGUGCUUUUGCAGAGGCGGCCUGUGGAAUCAAUGGAAUUCAUACCGAGUUGGGGUCCAUUAAAGCAAAUGGUAUUUCAUAG